GGAGGGUCUAGCCAGGCGAAGCGUCGCGACGGUCGCGACUGGCCCUCGACGAGGGCUGUGACAAUCGCGAGGGCGCGCAGUCGACAAUCGAAAUCGUGCAGACGUCGAGAGUGAGCGAUUCGGGCCAGAUAGCGACUACUGUUAUGAAGCGAGGUUGGUGGUCGUCUCGAUGGGGUGCAGCGUGGCGACGAGCGGCCGGCUGAAGAUGCCGGGGUCGAGGGGGUCGAGUUCGUCGAGGACACAAUGGUCGGGGCCAACGUGGUGCGCGUCGACGACAAAGGCGGCCUGCAACAGUGCCAGCACACCUGCGCCCGAGGCGGGGGUGAUGACGGCGGCGGUCGACAGGCUGCUCGGAAUUUACUGCUGCUGCCGCCUCGUCUCGUUUUUUUCGCCUUCGCUGUGGCACUGAUUGGUUCUGGGGGUGUUUUCAGGCUGCCGCUGCUGCAGGAUCCUCCUAUUCGUGUCCCGUCGGGCACCCUGAGGCAGGGUGGCACGUCAGACAUCCAGGCCCAGCGCCUGAUCUUCGCCCAAGUCUGGCGACAAGGGCCAAGCAAGUACGGCUUCAACCCCUAA